UUUUCUGAGGCGUUGUUCCUGCAGCUGACCUCGAGGCCAGAGCACAGGACCUGGUGACCUGUGGCCUUCCGAGGCUUCUGUUUGGCAGUGCCCUCGAGGGCAGAGCGUGGGACUUGGUGCCCUGAGCUUUUCCAAGUCAGCUGUCCUGCUACUAACUCCAGUCAUUGACAUGGAGCAGAGACCACCGAGUGUGCCCAAGCUGGCCUGGGUUGAGGAGGACGAAGGCGGCCCUGGAGCUGCCCCAGGACAGGAGACUGAAGAGGUGGUGCCAUUCCAUCCACCACAGGAGGAUGCAGCCGUGGAGCGCACACAGGAGCAGCAAUCCAGCCGUGGCCGCUUCCGCAGAACAGCGCAGCUCGUUUGCGACUUCAUCAAGAGCGUUCGGCAGGAAGAGGCCAGGGCUAUGGGCGCUGGGCUCAGGGCACACUCAGAGGUCCUCAAAUAUGAGACCAGUGCCGCCCUGCUAGAUUUGCUUGUGGAGAACGGUGCUUCCAAGCCAGAGCAAGUGCCCGCCAUGGUGAGGUACAUCCACCAGUGGCUCCUGGCCAAUGAUUCCGCCGAGCACAGGCUGGACAAGACCCUGCUGAAUCUCACCAAAGCACACCCGGAUGAUGCAGUAAUGACGCUCCUGCGUGUGGCCCCGUCCUGUGACAGAGCUGCUUGGACCAUGUGGAAAACCAUCAUGGGCUCAAGCAGGACUGCGGAGCUGGCACAGCUGGUACUCCUGGAUGUGCUGGGGAACUGGCCGGAGCACAGCACGUGCACCUCCGAUGGGGACAAAACGGGUGUCUUUGCCCUGGCUGCAACUGUGGUGAUGUGGAAGAUCCUCCAGGUGCGCUGUGUCCCCCGUAUAAUGAAGGUGUAUUUCCCACGCCUAUUUGUGCACCUGCUCUUCCAAGUGUUCUUCAGCACUCUGGAUAUGCCAGAGGAGGUGGAUACCUUCUGGAAGGGAUGCCAGGAAGAACACGGCCUUGCCACCAGCCCCAACAGGUUUGCAGUGCGGACCCUGAAGUCCCUGCUCUGCCAAAGGCAGUACAAGGAUGUGGUGGUGGCAAUGGAACGCAGGGGUGUCUGGAACACACUGCUGUGUGAUGAUACCCGCCACUAUGCCGUGGGUCUGCUGGCCAGGGAGAUGCGCCAUGCUCGUCUUGAGUUGUGUUCCAGUAUUGCACUCCACCUCCUCCAGCUGCUCAGCAGGGAGGAGCCACGCUGGGAUCUGGCCGCCCUGGCGUUCAUUGUGGAGGUCCUCGAGUGCCUGGAUUACAGUGAAUGUGCUGACAGUGUUGUGGAGGUCUCGUCAAGGUACCUGCAGAGCGAGUGCAGGGAGAGGCGUCGCCUGGCACUCAGGGCCCUUCUCGAGCUCAUUCACAAUCCCUCGAUGGCUGACAAAAUGUGGAGGCUGACUGAAAGCCUCAUGGAUCUACUGUGGGACAAUGAUGCAGAGAUAGCUGGGAUGACACUUGUCGCACUCAGCUUUAUAUUCUGGCGCAAAUACAGUCUGAUGUCAAGCCCUAUUGUCCUGCAGCUGGCUGAGGCACUCCUGCCACUCUUUGACCAUGAUAAUAGCCAGGUACAGCUGCUCUCCAUAAAACUUUUCCGAGACAUGAUGGAGGUUUUGGAAGAGAGAGAAAAACCUUUGGAAAGGCUUGUGCAUCAGAGUCUGCUGCCACUCUUCUUCCACUGCCAUGAUGAGAGUCAGCAUGUGGCAGAGGCUUCUCGGGAAACGCUGCUUUGUGCGGCCAGGUUCCUGAAGAGGAGAGAUAUCAAAAAGCUGGUGAAGGAGGAGAAACUGUGGAAGUUCAGCAAGUGUUUGCUGGCAGAGGACACGAGCCGAGCGGCCGAGCAGCUGCGCCGGGCCCUGCGCUACCUGGAGAGCCCCCAGGAGCCCCUGCGAGAGGCGGCCAUCAGGUUCAUGGGGGUGGCCGGACAGCACCUGAGGGGGAACAUGGAAGAGCUCCUGAUGAUCUACAGUGCCCUUGAAGACCGGGCAAAUGACGUCAGCCUUGCCGUUGGAAGCCUGGCAAUUCAAUCAUUGUGCAUCCUCAGGUCUGCAGAGUGGGCUCCAGUCUCCAGGUUCCAGAGGCUGCAAAAUCAGCUGCGCAGGAUGUGGAAGGCUCGGCCGCGUCUGUCGUGUCUCCGCAGGCUGAGCUGCUGGAGCUCUGUGGAGAUGUGAUUCCAUAUGUUCUUUUAGUUGGGGCCACCGGACUACUUAGGAAUUUUGGUUUUUUUCAAGAAUGUUCUACUUUUAGUUUUCUUUUACUGUGUUAAUAUAGAAUGUGUUAUAACACACAGACUCCAGGAUCUCUCUUAUGCUCCCCAGGGUCUGCAGGGCAUAGGGUAGGAGGGGGAAAAUGGUGCUUGCACUCAGCCAGCUGCCCAGGCGUGCAGUGCUGCAG